CACAAUAGGAUAGGACCACCAUAGGACCAGCCCUUAUACGCGAAGCUGUUGUGCUGCUACCAAAGAAGUAAUACGACCGCUAUUACAGUAAUGCGGCGGAACCAAAGCAGUGGUAGCUCGCAACAACCACCCGGAGAUCCGCCGCAAACUUCUUCUCUUCUUCACGAAGCCACAGGGACAGUUGGAAUGGAGCUUAGCAGCUCUGCUCCAGUCGAUGAAGGUCGCGUCACUGUGCGUAUGGAGAAUGCUGCUUCAACAGGCGGCGCAGGGUUGGAAUUUCCUUGGCAGGAGGAAAGGGACCAAGGCAGCAUGCAGGGGACGAUAACCCGGAUGUGGGAGCGCUCCAAGUCAAGCUACAAGCUGAAGGUGGAGACGUACACGUGGCUGGACUGGUUAGCGUUGUUCUUGCCUUGCGUGCGCUGGCUACGCACGUAUAAGAUUAAAGAAUAUUUAUGGGCGGAUUUCGUGGCGGGCAUCUCAGUGGGCUUCAUGGUGGUGCCGCAAAGUAUGUCGUACGCCAACCUCGCGGGAUUGCCCUCGGUGAUCGGCCUGUACGGCGCUUUCCUGCCGGUGCUGGCGUACGCGUUGGUUGGCAGCUCGCGACAGUUGGCGGUUGGGCCGGUGGCGGUUACGUCGCUGCUGAUUGGGAGCAGCCUGAAGGACCUGGUGGAGGGGGCUGACACCAUCAGCAAUCCCAACGUGCUGACGGCGGCUCAGGAGCCCAUCCAGGAGCGGUACAACCACCUGGCCAUCCAGUUGUCGCUGCUCGUCGCUGUGCUGUACACCUCCGUCGGCGUCUUCCGUCUCGGCUUCGUGACCAACUUCCUCAGCCAUUCGGUUAUUGGGGGCUUCACAUCAGGAGCCGCCAUCACCAUCGGCCUGUCACAGAUCAAGUACAUCCUGGGGUUCAGCAUUCCGCGCAAGGACCGGCUACACGACCAGGUCAAGAACUACAUUGACAACAUGCACAACCUCAAGUGGCAGGAGUUUAUCAUGGGCAGCACCUUCCUCAUCCUGCUGGUCACCAUGAAGGAGAUCGGCAAGCGCAGCAAGCGCUUCCGCUGGUUGCGGCCGCUGGGCCCCAUCACGGUCUGCAUCAUCGCACUGUGCGCCGUCUACAUCGGCCACGUGGACCAGAAGGGCAUCAAGGUCAUCGGGUCCAUCCAGAAGGGCCUGCCCGCGCCCACUGUGGGCUGGUGGUCGCCCAUGCCGGACUUCUUGGACCUCCUGCCCAUCGCUGUGGUGGUUAUGUUGGUGGACCUGCUGGAGUCGACCUCCAUUGCGCGCGCCCUGGCCAACAAGAACAAGUAUGACCUCGUUCCAAACCAGGAGAUUGUGGGCCUGGGCCUGGCGAACUUUGUAGGCUCCGCUUUCCACUGCUACAGCACGACGGGCUCCUUUUCCCGCUCAGCUGUCAACAACGAGUCGGGCGCCAAGACGGGUCUGUCCGGUAUAGUGACGGCCCUUGUGGUGGGGUUCGUGCUGCUGUUCAUGACGCCGGUGUUUGAGAAGCUGCCGUACUGCACGCUGGGCGCGAUUGUGUGCAGCAGCGUCACCGGGCUGCUGGAGUACGAGCAGGCGAUCUACCUGUUCAAGGUCAAUAAGCUCGACUUCAUCGUGUGGAUGGCUUCCUUCCUGGGAACCCUCUUCAUCUCCAUCGAGAUCGGUCUGGGCAUCGCCAUCGGCCUGGCCAUGCUGAUUGUCAUCUACGAGUCCGCCUUCCCCCACACGGCGCUGCUGGGCCGCAUCCCCGGCUCCGGCGUCUACCGAAACAUUAAGCAGUACCCCAACUCCCAGCUGGUGCCGGGCGUCAUGGUCUGCCGUAUCGACGCGCCCAUCUACUUCGCCAAUGUGCAGUGGAUCAAGGACCGCCUGCGUGCGUACGAGGCGCGGCAUCGCGCUUGGAGUGCAGAGCGCGGCGCCAAGCUGGAGUUUGCCAUCAUGGACAUGUCGCCCGUGACCCACAUCGACGCCACCGGCAUUCACGCGCUGGAGGGCUGGAUCGAGCACUUUGCGAACGGGGGCACGCAGCUGGUGCUGUGCAACCCCAGCGCCAAGGUGAUCAAGGCGUUGGAGACGGCGGGCGUGCCGGACAUGCUGGGGCGAGACUGGAUCUUCGUCACGGUUGGGGAUGCGGUGUCGUUCUGCUCGCGACAGCUAGCGGAGCGGGGCAAGGCGCCGGUGCCGGAGGCGCUUGCAGAGCCACCGUCGUCGUCCGAGGACCUGUAGUCAGCCGCGUGCGGUCGGGGUAGGCGAUCUGUGCGGAUGUCCAUGUUGGGGUUGUUGGAAGCGGAAAGACGGAAUGUGAGGAAAGAAGCUGUGAUGGCUGGGGUCACGAUGACAGGAAGAGCAGCGUCGGAUGCCAGAGGAUGUAGCUGAUCCUGAUUAGGGCGGUAGGCUCAUGGCGGAGUUGGGGCGGUAACUAUUACCUUAAGCUUGCAAUUCAUCUAUGGUGCCCAUGUAGGUACCUCACCUUGGUAAGUACUUUCCACUGUGGCGGUCGGUUGGGAAAACCAGACGCCGUAGGGAGGGGUAGCGGGUUUGGGGCGGAGCGUGUGACCGCAGGAGGAGGGUCCGGGCAGCAAGCCGUGCAGUUCGGUACAUAUACGGGGCGGAGUUUCCUUAGUUCCUUAGCACGGGGCGGUGGUAACGCCUCCUAGCGGUGAUAAGAUGAGUGCUGGCGCGCAGGCCUUAAGUACGACUGGAAACACGUUGCAAGCGGAGGUCAGGGUCGAUCAGGAUUGUACUAAAGAGCCAUGCCUCCCAACUUGCUGUUGGCGUAAGAUAAUGGUAGGACUUUUGUGUCAUCUAACAUUUUGGCUAGGCUUGUUAGGAUGCCAAUGGGAAGGUUCAUUCGGUGCUGGGCCAUUGACCCGCGCCUUCUUGCUUGGACAGUUAGGAUUGGGUUACAGUAGCGUUGGUUUAGUGGGGUUGGUCAGUCCUCCCGCCUUUUCCUAGGGUUCAAGACUCCGGAGGCGCCUAUGGGGGAUGAAGCUGUAUCGGAUUGGCGUACUUGUCCAUGCCUUUUACGCUCGUAUAUGUUAAACUGCUUAGGUAGUCAGGAAGUGCUCUGGGCGGUAUAGGGUUGCCAACGCCUUCCUAUUUGGGGGAAUGUGUGUCAACGCAGUAAAUGCGCGUAAUGAGAAAUAAAUGACAAGGCAGACGAUGACUGUAAGUUAGAAUACUACCCCAUCCUCGUAGCCAUUGUCCAUACCCCGACGAUCCCUUUAAGACGAGCCUGG